AUGAGGCCACAAACAACCCUUUGUGCCAUUUGGGCAUCGCUUAUACCUCUCUGUUCAGGUAUCAACAUUUCUCCCACAGCAAAAGGCGGACUGGCGCUGGCCCAGAUUCUCUUUGGCAAUUCUCGAGAUAUCUACUCUUCAUCCUCGGGCUAUAGUGGAGACCCUGCAGCCAUUAGAUCCUUCACUGAUGGCCCUUUUGGAAUGGGAAGCGGCAUUAUUAUAUCCACUGGAAGUUUAACCGCAGCGCCUUUGACGCCUGGCUCUACAUGCCCAAGCUCUUAUACUACGGACCAGUAUGAUGCAUAUACCCAGAGCUAUUGUGGUCCGGACUCCUACAAUGGAGCAAAUUAUCUCUUGAACGUUGUUCUAACUAAGGCGACCACAUUCGUCGUCGACAUGGUUAUUGCAAGCUGUGAUGUUGUUUCUGCAGAUAAGGUUCUGAUCCUGGUUAAUGGCGUUAAUGUCGCAAAGGACGAGACUGGAACUCCACUCGACUCGUCGUCAAAGUACCUCAGCGACCCUUGGGGCAUACCAUCACCAAACGGCGAUACAGCGUUCGCCUGGACAUCUCCUCCUCUUCGAUUUUCGAUAAAGCCCUCCACUCCAUCUAUAGAGUUGAAGAUAGCUGUAUGUGAUCUUCACAAUGGCUAUGGCGAUACUGCUGUCAUGAUCAAGAUGCGACCCUGUAACGACUGCGAUCAGCCCUUCAAGGUUGAUUAUGACACCACGAGUGUCGUGUCUACCACGACGUACGAAGCGACCUCUGUCGUGACACAGGCUGCUUCGGGAACAGUUCGCGGGACUAUUUCUUACGUCACAUACGUGACUGCUUCUGCUACUAGUACUACAUCAUUGUCAUCAGAAGCUUCCACCACAUUAACUGACUCAGCAACCUCAUCGGACUCUACUCCUUCCGCAACAUCAACUGACUCAGCAAUAUCAUCGUCAUCAGAAGCUUCCACCACAAUAACUGACUCGGCAAGCUCAUCGGACUUUACUUCUUCCGCAACAUCAACUGACUCAGCAAUAUCAUCGUCAUCAGAAGCUUCCACCACAUUAACUGACUCAGCAAUAUCAUCGGAAUCUACUUCUUCCUUAACAACAAGAUCGUCAGCACCGGUACCCUGCAACCAGCUGAGCAACCCCUACGACGGCCCUUCCAACACGCAAUUCGAGAUUGUUUGCAAUUCAUACUCGACCGGCGGCAAUCAAAUCGGUCCCUCCUUCGACGCUACUGAUUUGGAGAUAUGCAUCGGCCGGUGUGGCAUCACCACAGGUUGCAAAGUUGCACUCUUUGACAAGAGCCAGCUUCUUUGCUACUUAAUGGACGAGUCGGAUGGCCCAACGCCUAACAAUCUAUUUGAUAUGGCUCUUGUGCUGGCACCUGCGCCAACCACGACGACAACCGAUGCCAUCUCGACUACAACUGAAGCCGUCUCAGCUACAACCUCUGCCGCCUCGGGUCCAUUAUCUUGCGACCAACUCGAUUCUCCAACCUCCGUUGACGGUGUGGAAUUCAAUACCAACUGCGGUUGGCGAGCAACUGGCAGUAUUCCGAUCGAAUAUAACAGCCAGGUGCACAGCUUGAGUGAAUGCAUGGCAUUCUGCGCUGAUAACCUGGCUUGCCGCGCACUCAACUUCAACCACAUUUUUUACGAAUGUUACCUGUACGAGGACUUUAGCGGUAUCAUGCAAGACUCUGAACAGGACAUGGCGUAUGUGGCAUCUCGACCAGCUGUCUCGUCUACAACCGAGGCCCCUACAGAACUUUCUACCACCACCUCGUUGGCCACCACAUCAACUGCAGCAGCACCAGGACCGUCGACUUGCAGUCAAAUGGAGGGCAGUACUUAUACCGGGCCUCAUGGGAACGGGUUCACUGUCAGUUGCGAUACUUCCUCGACUGGCGAAUCUAUCUAUCGACGAGAUGAAGAAGAUAGCAUGAAAGGAUGCCUAGAUCGAUGUGACAAUGACAACAGGUGCAUCGCUGUGAAUUUCCAACCUCCUCCUUACAGUGAAUGCGAUCUGAUUGAAUCAUUCGCUGGCACUCAAGCCUCCCCUGGUACGGACUUUGCUUCCAAGAUACUUUCAUCUACAUCAACCUCUACAUCAUCUGAGACUUCUGUAAGUGUUGAAUCCACCGCAGGGUCUACAAUAUCGACAUUAUACACAAGCUCUUCAGUGUCGAUAUCAUCCGAGUCCCAAGAGACUUCAUCAGCACUCACGUCAGAGACUACAACAGCGGGUACAACCGAGUCGUCAUCAUUUACCACUACGUCAAGUGUAACCUUUGAAGCGACUACUUCACUAUUCACAUCGCUAUCGUCCUCAGAAGACAUUGCUUCAGGGACAACAUCACACUCUGCACUCCAAUCUACUACACUGGAGUCUACAUCUGCUUCAGCUGCAUCAGCUACAACCUCAAUAGAGGCUACAGCGGAGUCGUCAUCAUUUACCACUACGUCAAGUGUAACCUCCGAAGCAACUACUUCACUGCCAGCGACAUCGUCACAAUUUACAUCAUUAUCGUCUUCACAAGACAUUGCUUCAGUGACAACAUCAGACUCUGCACUCCAAUCUACACUGGAGUCUACAUCUGCUUCAGCUACAACUUCAAUAGAGGUUAUCUCGUCAACAACUGAACUGUCAGCAUCUACAUCAACCGAUUUCUCAUCGCCAUCUUCAGAAUCGGUCUCAGAGUCUACAACGGUUGCCCAAUCAGUAUCGACAUCAGCCGAAGAGUCCACUUCUCUAGAGCUCACUACCGUCGCAACUAGUACAGGCUCGUUGCACACCGAUACUUCCAGCGUAGAUAUGUCGCCCGCCGACACGUCGACUACUAAGGCAUCAACUGUGCAGACACCAUCCACUACGACUUCGGUUACCGCGAUAGACACCGCCGCAACAGCAUCCAGCGUAAGCUACACCAGCCAUGUUUCAACUGAGAUACAGUCCACAUCAGAUACUUCCGCUUUACCUUCGACCUCGUCAACGCCGUCCGCAAUUAACAUUCCUACGAUUGGUGAAUAUACCUUCACGGGCUGUUUGAAAUCCCUUGAGGGCUAUCCAUCCUUCAAAGAGGUAGCUACUGAUCCAGGAAUGACUACCCGAAAGUGUAUCGACUUGGCUUUGGGAAGCGCGUACAUUGGUGUUUAUCAAGAAGCUGAUGUGCUCGAUGAUACGGAGUUUGUAGCGGAUGCACGCUGCGAUCUCACAUGCCCUGGAGAUCGCACUCUAUUCUGCGGAGGCAUUCUUCGCGCCGGACGGAAACUUCUGCAUCGUGAGAUAGCGCCUAAUCAUCUCUUGACCCUCUAUCGCAAAAAGCUUCCCUCCACUUCGGAUGUCUCAUCCUCUUCGUCUUCCGUACCAACCUCUUCUUCUUCCCGCGCUUACGAAUCGACUUCUGAAUCAAGUGGUCCUGCACACUCCAGUCAAACAGACGCUUCAUACUCUUUCUCCUCCUUCACAACGAAGAACACCGGCUCAAAGACGCUUUCGGUCUCUGAUUCCACCGUCACAGAGACCAACUCCACAACUUGCCUGUCAACAUCUCUCCCUACCCCAACAGCCAUCCAUACUGCUUACUCGACUCUGACCAUCGACCAUGCCUACACCAAGACUCGAUUUGCCGAGACUGUAACCACUGUUACUUACACUACUGUCAACCCAAGCAAUCCUGCAUCUCUAAUCACAACCUGUGUUCCUAUCACCCUGCUCUACAGCCCUUGCGGAUGCAAGAACCAGGUGUACCCAACAGUGGAUAUGACAACUGUUGCCUGUACCCAAGGCGGCGAUAUUGUUACCCUAACAGUACCAAAGGCUGUUUGUGAGACUGGCCCUGCGAGCCAUACACAUCCGAUAGUUCAAUACCCUUCCGGUUGGGUUGGAGGGCAUCAGACAGACGCGGGCGGCAAUAGUUAUCCUACAGGAGGUUCUCAACCUGGCUCGAAGAACGGACAGCCUGAGUACCCUACUGAAACCGCAGGAAUACAGGGUUCCCAUCCCAGCUACAAGACACACCAGCACGUGGCCCCUACUUCCGCUGGAGCAACCAAUGGUUAUAAGCAGCCGGAACAAGGGAACCCGCAGCCAUCUGUUCCAGUUCAAGGCUCAGCAGAUUCCAACAGCAAUUCGCCGGCGAAUCCCUCCCAGCCAUCAUCCCCGAAGAGCUUGACAACGGGAACAAGCAUUAUCCCUACUUCUCCACUCGGCAAUUCAGCACGUCCAUCUCAAUCAUCAUCUGUUGACCAGGGCCAAGCUCCUUCAGAGUCCAAGGGAGCGCCCUAUACUACAUCAGUGGUUGUUUCAGAAGCUCACAGAUAUGACCUCACAUCGUGGAUCAUGAUUACUGCAUUGGUUGGGAUGCUUUUGUUCUUUUACGUUAUCUCCAACCAGAGAUUUCCAUACUUAGAAAAACUAUUUGUGAGAACUAUGGGAUGGUUCUUCGCAGCUGGAAGACCUGCUACCUCCUCGAACGCAUUCAAGGCAAAGCCCGAUACUCUUGUGAACCGCUUCCAGUAUCCAAAGACGCCGAAAUCUAUAUUCUGGAACGCGAUGUAA